AAUUAGCCCCUAAAUUGUUAAGAGCACAUGCUAAUCGGUAUCAUUCCCUGCUAGAAUGUGCUAGUUUAGUGUAAGCAGAGUCAGUUUCGACUGAACAUUGGAUGAGAAACGUUUUUGGUUUGCUUUUUCAUGGUGGCCCUGGCAAUUUGGAAUGAGCCAAUUUCCAUGGUUUGUUUUGCUGGCCAAGACGCGCAAACACAAAGAAUUUGUACUAAUUUGGAGUUUUGGACUUUGGAUGCAUCACCAACUGUUACCCUACCGUUCAGAUAAUCUCAUGAUCCUGUGGGAAUGGGACCCACCACGUGUCAUCAUCUAGUGGGUCCAACUCUUAUUCCCUGAUAGGUAGAUAACCGUAGAUUUUUCUCAUCAAGAUAUUCAAGAAGUCUUCAUUUUAAUCGGAUUAAAGUCCCCCUCUGUCUCUAUAUAAAACGGGUUUUUAUCAUUGGUUCGAACUUCGAACUAGUUAAAGUCAGCACAAAAGAACUUCCUUCUCAAAACCCAUCGUUUUGUUUUUCCAUUUCCUCCUCUUUAUAAAAUUCAAAGCUUUUUCAGUUUUUUUCUAUUCUUCUUGUUUUGAUGGCUGCAAAUCAUAAACAAAAAGUUGAAGAAGAUGGAGAUGCCAGAGCGGUUGAUCUCAGCAUCAACGGUGGUGGAGACGAGGCUACAGCGUCGAAGAAUCCCAAAGAAGAGCCCGACACAAAGACAGCUAUAGGCGUGAUGCCCAUGGCGGUGCACGUGGCGUCAGCUAUUCCCAUGCCUGUAGUAACGGCACCACCCGCUGCGCCGAAACGAGCGUCCACCAAGGAUCGUCACACGAAAGUCGAGGGACGUGGUCGGAGGAUUCGAAUGCCUGCCACUUGUGCUGCUCGGAUCUUUCAGCUGACACGAGAAUUAGGUCACAAGUCGGAUGGAGAAACUAUUCGCUGGUUAUUAGAGCACGCCGAACCGGCGAUAAUAGCGGCAACCGGAACCGGCACCGUUCCCGCCAUCGCUAUGUCGGUUAAUGGGACCCUUAAAAUCCCAACUACCACGAACGCUAACCCCGAACCCGGUGACCCAAGUAAAAAGAAGCGUAGACGACCCGCUAAUAGCGAGUACGUUGAUAUAAACGACACCGUAUCAGUUUCAUCUGGUUUGGCCCCUGUAAUUACUUCUCAACAACUGCAGCAGCAACAACGACAAGCUGUUUUGCCGCAAGGGUUGGUUCCGGUAUGGGCAAUACCUUCAAACAGCGUAGUUCCAGGGGCCUUUUUCGUGGUCCCACCUAUGGCAUCCAUGGCUGGGCCUUCCACCCAUCCUCAUAUAUUCACAUUUCCAGCCACUGCUACACCGUUAAUUAACAUUUCGGCUGGACCCAUAUCGUCGUUUGUAUCCGCCAUGCAACAUGGUGUAAAUAUAGCAGCAGCAACGCCAGGUCAACUUCAAAGUAACAUAGCAGUUACGAGUAGUACGCUUCCAGUUUCAAAGACGGUUAAAACGACGUCGGUUAUGGCACCGAGUUCGAGCUCUGCCGCUUCUAUUACAAGUAACAGUGCUACUACCACGACAACGACUCAGAUGCUUAGAGACUUCUCGUUGGAGAUUUACGAUAAACAAGAGCUUCAGUUUAUGACUCGAUCUUCAAAGCAUUGAUUGAAAAACAUAGCUAGACCCAAAAAAGGAAAGGAGUUUGUCUUACUAUUUUUGGGUUCAUGCACUUUCAUUGGUGGAUUGGUAGAUGGUGUAUCCGCCAUGAACGAGCAAAGCUAAAGGAGGCUGGAGGUCCCUCUUCCAACCCAAGCGUAAGAGGGGAGAACGGGGAGCACGUGCCACGUGACGGCAGUUUUAAAGGUGUGCACGUGUAAUGUGGGGUCGAAUUAGGCGGAAGUAGGGUCCGCAUAUGUGGUGGGUCAACGCUCAACUAAAAAGUAGGAGGGGGCACUCCGUGGACCGUGCAAUGCGAAGAGUAAAAUUUUUCUUUUGGAUGUUUUUUUUAAGUAAAUCUUUUUCUAAAUGAAGGGCCAUGGGCCACCUCAUCGCUCUUUCAUGUGAUGUGUGGCACGGGACCCAAAGGUGGGGAGAAAACCGGACCCUACGGGACCGUCUUUGCAGUGUUCCCAAGGUAGCCGCGUGGUGGUCCCUACGGUUGGUUCGGUGGUCCCAUCGAGACGUUGUGGGCCGAAAGCUUAGUACCCCUGGACUGUUAACACGUGUCUGAAAUACAGCUGUUGAUGUAGGGACACUUUUUUCCCUUCUUUGAAACGUGGACCCUUUGUUGGUGGGGUCUACAAGAUAACGUGAUCUCGAUGAAAAAUGGACAAAGUUGAUGAAUGAAGAUGAUUCUGGCAUCAGAUGCUCUUCGCCUUCCCCUAUAUUUAUUUUUGUCCAAUUAAUUUCCUUAAUCAUUCAAUAUUUGAGAUUUAGUUUUUCUUUACAAUUCAUACAAAUUAAUUUCUUUUAUUAUACGAUUCUAUUCAUCAGAUAAUCUCACUUCAAUGGAUAAUUCUAUUAACUCUAUUCCAUUAAGUAAAUUGAUAAUU